AUGGGCUGUACCAACUGCCCGGCUGGUGUGUUGUGACCGGUCUAACAAAUAAGUAAACACGGCUCUGCUGAACGCUAGUCGCAAACAAGGCUCCCUCAACGCUGGAAGUCCGUGGCACCGCUGGUCUUGUCCUCUGAAGCGCUGAUUUGAUAUUGGUUGAAGUGGCUUGGGUGUUCAUCGUGUCUCCUCUAGCACCAACGAGCGCUAUGAAAAGAUGGACGUGGCGGUGACUUGCUCCGUGUGCUUCAGAGUCUACCAACAAGGCACCCGUGACCCCUUGGUGCUCCCCUGCGGCCACACCUUCUGCCGCGUCUGUGUAAACGCCGUUCACGACAUCUCCGGAGGAAGCCUACCCUGCCCCACCUGCCGGAGUAAGGCCAGCAUCAGUGACGUCAGUAAGCUGCCCAUCUGCUACCCACUCGUCGGCCUCUCCUCCAGCUACAGCGAGAUCAAGUUCGGGUCGUGUACGAUCCACGAGGAGGAGCAACGCUUCUGGUGCACGGAGUGCGAGUUGGCUCUGUGCUCUCUGUGUCUGUACGCAAGCCACCAGCACGGCCACGAGGUGAUGCCCACGAAGGUUAUCAUGGAGAAUAAGAAGAAGCGCCUGCAUCAAGAGCUGGAGCGCCUCAACGGCGAGGUGCUGCAGGGCCGAAGCGAGAUAAACUACAUUUAUGAAUAUCUGACAACCAAAAUGAAACAGGUGCUGAAUCUGGAGGAGAAGGUCGACCUCCUGUCAGCCGACGUCCAAGACGCCUGCAGCGUUGAGGACAUCUUGGUGUGCGAGGAUAAACUAAAACUUCUGGAUGAAGAAAAUGAACUAUGGCUACCAAACAAAUCGCAGGAGAUUGUAAAGAAAAUGAAGGACAUGAAUAUUAACGACGCUGCAUUCGAGGAGGACGCAGAGGCAAGCAGUCACGGCAUUCACGCCUCGCUGCAUGAGUUGGCGGAGGAGGACUAUGGCGCCGGCCGCAUGAGACUGGAUUACCGUGAAGGCCGUCUGCUGAUGCACUCCACCGCCCACCCUGCAGACGGACACUUGUCUUUCCAGGUGCCGUCCGAGGUGUUCCUUGAGCUUGCUGUCGGCGGCAGUUGUCUGGGCCGCGUCUACAUAAGUCUGUGGACUUGCUUGCGCCGCGCACAACAGUUCUUUGCCCUGUGCAUGGGCACGAUGGGGCCUUCUUACAUUGGAUCGACCUUCAGCCACGUGGCGUACCAAGGCCACGCCAAGGAGACGCUCUGCUGCGAGGAGUACGUGACUGAGAGCGGAGAACAGGGCACCAAGGAGUUGAUGGCGGACCUGGAGUGGGGGGACGAGUACAGAGGUGAGCCGCGAACGGGACUCCUCAUCCCACUCAGCAAAUUCGUCGACCAGCACGGCUUUGGCAUCUGCACGAAAGGCAGGCCGGGAGGCUCCUUCAACUGUCCCUUCGGCGAGGUGGUGGCCGGCAUGGAGGUGGUGCUGGCGGCUGUCCGGCAUCAUCCAGUUACUGAUGUCACGAUCACUCACUGUGGCCUUGUGCUGCCCAGACUCUCGGUCUGACACCAUCACCACCAUCCACUGUGGACUCAUAGUGCCUAAGUUUUCGCCUUGACGCCUCAUCAUCAUCACUCAUUGUUUGUGUUGCCAAAACUUUUGACCCAACUCAUCUUCACCAUCACCCACGUUGACCUGGUGCUCCCCAAUCUCUUUCGCUGACUCGCCAAAUGUUAGUACCAUCACAGUGACCUGAUUCCUACCCUGUCGUCCCCUUAUCUGUGAUCUGGCUACUCGACACACACAGGUGGGAUAGGCAACAAGGUUACAGAAUGUUGAGGUAACGAUAAUCAUGUACAAUGUUGACCUCAGGCAGACAAUGGGUGCCAUGAGCAGUGUCCUUGAAAUUUAUCUACCGGGUGGCGAGGGACUGCUUACUGGGCGUCCACUUCCUCACAAUCGGGUCACGGACGCUAUCAGACGGCAGAAAGCAAUUAGCUCAUAGUGCUGGAAGUGGUGUGAAUGUUAGACAGUGACGAUGAUGGAAUGAUGGAAAUGAUAAUAAAGGUGAUGUUGACGGUGGAGACAGUGGUUAAGUGGAAGAAUGUCAAAAAUAUGAACAAAUUCUACGCCAUCCCAAGAAUAUACGAGAAACAUGUGCAGGUAUCGUUAACAGCUUGUGUGGUAUCAGUCGCAAUGAAAAGUAUAAUGGUUAUUAAUCAGUGCACACACACACACACACACACACACACACACACACACACACACACACAUGAAGUAUUCCCGCCUCUCAUCGCCGCAGUAUCAGGCUAGUCACGGGGACCUCUUGGCCGUCUUCCUGCCACGUCUCGGGGUUUUGCAACGGCGCCACGAACACGAUGCAGGGAAUAUGAAGUACUAUGAUAAAACCUUAUUAUUUACUGACUAUUUCAAAAUACUAUAGGAGAAUAAGAAAAAGAUAUUAUUAUUACUAAUAUUAUUUUUAUAUAUCAUUAUUAUUAUUAUUAUUAUUAUUAUUAUUAUUAUUAUUAUUAUUAUUAUUAUUAUUAUUAUUAUUAUUACUAUCAAUAUUAAAAUUAUAACAAUU